AAAUACUUCCUCAUUAAAAACAAGUAACAUUGCUGGCUAAAUCAUAUAAGACUCCUACAAACAAAAGAAACUUAAUUGAAUUACAUCAUUGAAUAAAAAAUGGAUCAUAUAUUUGUAAAUAUUGAAAACUUAACACGAGAAGAAGGUCAGCAAAAAUUUUUAGAACCAUUAUUUCUCAACUCUAAUUCUGAAAAUGGAAUAUUAACUGAUAAUGAAAUGCCUUUAAAUGUUUACAAACUACAAGUACUAUUUCUAAGGAAUAUUAUCAAGGAAAUAGAUGAUUUAAUAACAGUUAUAAAAAACAAUGACAAUAUUUUAAUUAGUGUUAAAAAUCAGAAACUUUUGCAGAAAUGCUAUCAAAUUAUUGUAUCACUAGGCAUAUCACAAUGUUUACUCCCAGGAUUAGGUAUUAAACUUUCAAAAAGAUGUCUGUCUGCGAAUAAAUUAAUUUCAGUGGAUUUUUCAGACAUACAAAAAUAUGAUAUGCUAGUUGAAUGUACAGAAUUUUUAUCUAGAAGCUAUGAUAUCCCUGUACUGAAAAAAAUUAUCAUUACACUACAUUUGUCUGACUAUCUGGCUGCAUUAAUUCAACUUUGUUUUGCUCCUCUCAAGAAACCAGGGAUAUAUACUGACUUCACUAUGACUCUAGAAAUGUAUGAAAGAUUCACAAAAGAUAGAGUGAAGUAUAAAGGAAUAUAUGAAUAUCUAGUUAUCAAUUGCUUUCAACCCACUCUUAUGAAAGAAUUAUUGGUAUUACAAAGUGUUAAUGAUCCAUCACCUCCAAUGUUUGUUAAAAGAGCUAUUACCAAAGAAUUGAGCAGGAGACUCCUGGCGCCUGGUGGAUUAUUGAGUUUAAUAAGAUGUUUUAUGGACAGCUACAAUACAGAUACAGGACAUGAUUGGAAAAAAAUUGAAAUGAUUUGCAAAAUUGUUACAACAAAACAUGGCAAUGAUACAGAAACAGCAUAUUUGAAUAUAAUUUGUUCUCAGAUUGCUCAGUUAUUAUCUUUGAACAAUACACAUUAUUUAUCAACAGCUAUUGCAUGCAUUCUAAGUUUAAAUGUAAAAUAUUCCCAUAUGGAACCAGUAAAAUCACUCAUGAAGAAUAUAUUUCAAGCUUUUGAUUAUGACUGUCUUAUAUCUAGUUCAAAUUUACCUGGAACUAUAGUUGUCACUACCCAAGAAAUUGAACAGAAAGUAAACAUUUUAAAUACCUGUUCAAACAUUACUAACCUAGAUUGUUCUUAUUCAUUGUUAUUGCCCAACUUGUAUCUUUUGUUUAUCCUUGGUGUCAAAUCCACAAAAAAUGAAGGUAUGCAAUUAAAACUUAAGGAUAUUCUCUUGAAAUGUUUGUGUCAAUUACAGAAGCAAGAAAUUGCAAUUUUAAUCAAAGAUAUUUUAUUUGGAAAAGAUUAUUCACGGCACAGUCUCCAAGUCGAAGAAUAUGUUUCUGGAUUGAUAAUUAAGUAUGUUUCAUCUCCUGUGACAUAUAGUAAAGAAGAAGCUCUGGCAUAUUUUUUAUCUUUAUUACAAUCAUCAACAGAAACCCAGUUUAUAGAAUAUACAUUUGAUACCUCCUUAGAGAUGCUUAUUGAGUUCAAUGAACAAAGAAACAGUUUAAAAUCUAAUGAAACUUUACUAGCUGGAGAUAAUCUUGUUCUAUUUAAUAAUUUUGAUGAGCAGUAUAUCAUCAUAUUACAACUACUUUCUGAAUUAUCUGCAUCACCAAAAAUAAUCUCAAUCCUCAAACAUAAUCCUUCAUCAGUCAUAAAUUUUAUUGAAUAUUAUAUAUUAAAACAGAAAAAUUGUGAUGAUGAGUGUUUAACACUAGCCUUGGUGUUAUUGAAUACAAUUUUGUCAAAUUCAAAAAACAUUAAUGAAAUUGAGAAACAUUUUAUAAAGUUAAUCCCAGUAUUGAAAUCAAUGUCUAAAGAUGAUAAUUCAAUGGUUAGUUUGUUAUGCAAAGAAGCAUUGAAUUUUAUUACUUCUGGGCAUGUGCAAGUAGAAACAAAAUAUGUGAAAGCCUUGGCAGAUGCUUUUGACAAUUUGUUACCAGUAAGAGCUCAUGGAUUGAUAGAAUUAACUAAACUUAUUGAGACUAAAGAUACAGAGACACUAUCAAAGAAGCAUUAUGUGUUUUGUCUAUUCCAGGAGCAACUCAAAGAUCCAGAUUCAUAUAUUUAUUUGGCUGCAAUAAAUGGUAUUGCUGCACUUGGUACCCAUUGUACUGAUGAUGUGUUACAUGUGCUGUGUAAAGAAUUUUUACAAGUGACCAGUGAUUUAGGGGACAUCCACACUGUAGAUGGAGAAAAUAAAGUUUCACAGUUAAGAAUGAAAAUUGGAGAUGUCAUUGUAAAGGUUACAAAGAAACUUGGUGAAAUGGCUAUUGUCCAUAAAACAAUCCUUCUAAAUACUAUGUUAUGCGGGUGCAGAGAUGAGGAUCCACUUAUAAGAGCUUCAGCUUUAUCAAAUUUAGCUGAAAUAUGUCUAGUUUUACAUUACAAAAUGGGUACAAUUAUUUAUGAGGUUCUUCAUUGUGUUUGGAGCAUUUUAGAAACUGAUAAAGCUAUAGAAUGCAGAAGAGCGGCUGUUCUAAUUAUAUCAAGUUUAAUAAAAGGCCUGGGUAAAAAAGUAUUGAUUCAGUUAAAAGAAAAUUUACUUCCAAUUUAUAGAGGUUUGAAGAAAAUAUACAAUGAUAAUAAUGAAGAUUCAGUGUUAAGACUCCAUUCUCAAGUAGCUCUAGAAGAAUUAAACGACACAGUUAAUCAAUUUGUAUUUCCCGAAGUAAAAUUGGAAAAACAAAUAUUUGUUUUGGACAAACCAAAUGAGAUAUUUAAAUAAAAUAUGCGUAAGUUUCUUUUAUCUUUUUAAUCACUCUUAAAAACGUUGUAAUUAUAAUUAAAAAUAUAUAAAUGAUACUUAUAAAACAUGUACAUAGUGGCGUAACUAUACUGUUUGAGGCCCGUGGCAAAUUCAUCGGAUAUUCUUAAUUUUUUUUUACUAAUUGUAUAAUAAUAAAUGUCAGGAGUUUCCACUGAUCGGGCCCCGGGGGCCCCUUUCAGCUGGAGGCCCGUGGCAUUUUGCCGACUUGCCACCCUGUAGUUACGCCACUGUACAGACAUAACACGAAUCUAGCAUAUAUUAUGUUGUUUGGUAAUUAAGCAUGAUGUUCUUAAUGAAACAUGCGUAAAAAUCCACUUGGUCCUUGGCACCCUGAGAUUGGAAUCGAACCUUUCGCAAUUCGGGCAUAUUGUAUUUGUACAUAUUUUAUAACUAUCAUCUCACUUAUCUAAUCACCUGCUACAUUUUGUAUGGCAAUCAUUAGCAUAUUAAAUUGUGUUAAGUGCAAAAAAGUACUGGCCACAUGAUUUUAUUUGAAACUCUUAAUAUAUUGUAAAUUCUAAACGCAGAGAUCGAGGUACAUACAUAUUUUGUUCACACGAAUGCACGUCAGGCUACCAGAAUAUGUCAAAUUUCCUCAAUCGAUUUUCAACUCUACCUACAAUGCAUUAAGGUUAAUCAUGUGGAGAAAUGUGACAGUUGCGGAUAUCCUGACGUAGUGUCGACUGUACCUCUUCAAUAAGCUUUAAAAAAUCAGCUAACACCAAUCAUAGACUUGAUUUUUAAGCCACGUGACCGAACGUGCAUUAUCGUGCACCAAGGUUGUGAACCAUAACAUUAGGCAAAUACUUCGCAGUGUUUGUAAUAAAAAAAACAUUCACGCUUCCGAAGUAUUAUCUCCAUCGUUUGGUUUCUUAACAGAGUCGUCUUUCUCCGAAAGUGUUAUAGAAUAAACAGAACUUUGGUCGGAGAAUCUAUCUCUGUUCCGCCUACUGAAAAUGCUGCUGCGCGACAGAGACGACAUGGUCGCUAUGGAGAUAUUAUCCUUUUCAGCUUGUGGCACCAUCUUCCAUAUCAACAGUGCUAUCCCACCGAAUGCAGCCACCACCAAGAACAUCACCAACAUUAUUUCGCCAAAAACACCUGAAAAUUUUUCAACAUUAUCAUAUGGUAAUGAAAAACCUCAUAUACUCGUAUAAUCUCAGUAAUGUAGACUUGCAUUUAUAAUGAUGAAAUCUUAUAUAAAUAUAUUUUUAUACAACCAUU